UGUGAGUCUUGCAAGAGGCCAAGUAUGCAUGAUGGCUCAAACUGGAGCCUUUGUCGUUCUCAUCUUUGAAGCAAUAAUUCCUACCAUUGCUUCCUUGGUUUGUGGCGACCAUCAAGUUUACUUUGACAAACAUCAAGGUUUUCGAUUGUUGAACAGCGUGGUAGAGAACAUUUCUGUUCCGACAAUACCCGACUGUAUCUACAAGUGCGCUGAAAAGAAAACCCUCUGCCUUUCAAUCAAUUACCAUCAUGGCAACAAUGACGUCAAUCAGUGUCACCUUAACAACAGGACGAGACAAUCAGCACCAGCUGAUGACUUCAAAUCGGAUCCCAGAUACACUUAUUAUGAAAAGAAUCCCUGUCGUUCGAAUCCCUGUUUAUUCAGUGGUACGUGUUCUACAGACAACAGCAACAAGGGAUUCUUUUGUAGCUGUUUGCCAACAUACAAGGGUUCGCUAUGUGAAAUAGAGCGAAUUGGGUGGUCAUCCCAUAAACCUGCUAAAUCUUGUAGUGACAUCAAGUCAAAUGGUGACGCAGUGCAUGAUGGGAAAUACUGGAUUGAUCCAGAGAAUUCUGGGAAUGCUAUACAGGUUUACUGUGAUAUGAAUCACAAUAAUGGUGGAUGGCUGCUCAUCUCCAAUGUCGUCAUUCCAGAUCCAGUCAGCAUUCCAUCACUGUCUUUGCGCACAUCGUUUCGUGAUAUCGCUAACUACAGCGAUGACAAAACCAUCCUUUCAGCUAGUGCACUGCGCCAACUUCACCAACACAUUAAUUUUACCCAGCUCAGAUUUCAUUGCCGUGUAGCACGCGUUGGUCGUACUGUUCACSUGAUAACAACACUAAACUCCGAAGGCAAAGCUGUUAUCGACUACUUCACUGCAGUAUCUGAUGUCCGACCUCAAGCCUGCAACUCAUUUUAUCGAGGAAUCGGGGACACUUCAAAGCUCGCUGACAAGUGCACUUAUUGGAAAAAUGCGAAAUGGGGCAGCCCGAAGAGAGUAAACGAGUAUAGACUGAAUGAUCAUGCUUUUUAUGUAACAAGCACGUAUCACUGGCUUGUAGAAGGUACACUAGGGAUGGCAUGUGAUUCAAAAGUCGUUGAAACUACUCCUGGAGAUUAUUGGAAGAUUUAUGUCAGAUAGCUUAUUGAUAUAUGAUUAUAUAAGUCCAAGUGGAGAAUACUAGUAAAUAUAGAAAUAGACUUGUGUCACGUUACUAUACUAUUGAAUAUAGAGCACUUGCUUUAUGGGUGUAGAAAGCACUUCCAAAAAAAAAAAGCUGUUGCGGAUUUUCUAACUUCCAAAUUGUUUCACGCGGCCCUCGUGAUUAUUAGAAGAUUUGCUUUUGAUUGUGUAAAACCUGUGUAAAGUACGAAUAAUAACGCAAUUAUACAAAAAUUCAGUUAAAGCUUUUUUGCUGUGCAGAGCUGGAAGAAUUGUGGAAAAUGCCACAAUCACUGGAAAAGUUGAUCAUUUACAGAGAGUCUGUAAAUUUACUGUAGAAGUUAUUUAAAUUACAGGCAAAAUGUUAUUUUAAAAACUUUGAAAAUUGAUUUUACACGAUAUUUACAUUGAUUAAUUGAGAAAAAUUUAAAAGACAUUUACAAAAUGUAAAUUUACAAAUUGUAAAGUAAUCACCUUUUCAAGUGAAUGUGCUAACAAAGUUGUGUUGUCCCUUCUUUAGGCGCAUGCCGGGUAGACUUUUGAGGGUACAUACCUUUAUUUUUAUUAACUGAAAUGUAAUAUGCUCUUGCUCAUGGUAAAAUGUGGAAAGUCGGAUCUUCAUACAAGAAAGAUCAUGAAACUUAAAAAACACCACCUCAGUGAAUUCGCCACUUUCACUGCAAUGUUUAGCUGUUAGAAGGAGUUUAGUCCCAAAAUCAAUGUAUGGACAAUCAAUUAUUUAUAGUUUUAACUGCUAAUAAAGAAAGCUAAUCUAUGCAGGUAUGAGGAUAUUAGAUAUUUAGUUAUAGGAAAAUCAGAGGCAGUAAAAGUGUGAUUAAUAGUCAAAUGUUUUGUGAAUACUAUAGAAUUUGAGAAGGGUAGUAAAUAUACA